GCUUUUUCUGUAUAUGUGGUGCUGAGGAAUCGAACCCAGGGCUUCAUGUAUAUGAGGCAAGCACUUUACCACUAGGCCAUAUUCCCAGGCCCUGCAAUGUGUUUUUAAGGGACAUAGAAUUGAAGUUCUAGUCAAAUACUUUACUGAAGACUUUUAAAUAAAAAAUGGUUGACAUAUUGAAAUUAGCAUGUUUGUAAAUGUCUUGAAAUAAUUGAAAGUGUUAGCUAAUACGGUUUUUAUAUUUUUGGGAUUUGUUUGAAAGUAAUUUGAAAGAACUAGAAAAAAUUUCAAGAUCCAUUAGGUUUUAAGUAGAUCACUUUAUUCAUCUUGUGAAGCAAAUAUGUGCUUUUCAUUUCUUGCAGAGUUGAACAAUGACCAUAGUUGACAAAGCUGAAUCUUCAGGCCCAUCAACCUAUCAGAACCAGCCUGGCAGUUCUGAGGCUGUCUCACCUGGAGACAUGGAUACAGGCUCUGCCAGCUGGGGUGCUGUGUCUUCGUUAAAUGAUGUUCCAAACCACACACUUUCUUUAGGACCAGUACCUGGUGCUGUAGUUUAUUCAAGUUCAUCUGUACCUGACAAAUCAAAGCCAUCGCCACAGAAGGAUCAAGUCCUAGGUGAUGGCAUUGCUCCUCCUCAGAAAGUACUUUUCCCAUCCGAGAAGAUUUGUCUUAAGUGGCAACAAACUCAUAGGGUUGGCGCUGGGCUCCAGAAUUUGGGUAACACUUGUUUUGCCAAUGCAGCACUGCAGUGUUUAACCUACACGCCACCUCUCGCCAAUUACAUGUUAUCACACGAGCACUCCAAAACAUGUCAUGCAGAAGGCUUUUGUAUGAUGUGCACGAUGCAAGCACACAUUACCCAGGCGCUCAGUAAUCCUGGGGAUGUUAUAAAACCCAUGUUUGUCAUCAACGAGAUGCGCCGUAUAGCUAGGCACUUCCGUUUUGGAAACCAAGAAGAUGCCCAUGAGUUCCUUCAGUAUACUGUCGAUGCUAUGCAAAAGGCAUGCUUGAAUGGCAGCAAUAAAUUAGACAGACAUACCCAGGCCACUACACUUGUUUGUCAGAUAUUUGGAGGAUAUUUAAGAUCUAGAGUCAAAUGUUUAAACUGCAAAGGCGUUUCAGAUACUUUUGAUCCAUAUCUUGAUAUAACAUUGGAAAUAAAGGCUGCUCAGAGUGUGAACAAGGCAUUGGAGCAGUUUGUGAAGCCAGAGCAGCUGGAUGGAGAAAACUCCUACAAGUGCAGCAAGUGUAAAAAGAUGGUUCCAGCUUCAAAGAGGUUCACUAUACAUAGAUCCUCCAAUGUUCUUACACUUUCCCUGAAACGCUUUGCAAAUUUCACCGGGGGAAAAAUUGCUAAGGAUGUGAAAUAUCCUGAGUACCUUGAUAUUCGGCCAUACAUGUCUCAACCCAGUGGAGAACCAAUUAUUUAUGUUUUGUAUGCAGUGCUGGUGCACACUGGCUUUAACUGCCAUGCUGGCCACUACUUCUGCUACAUAAAAGCUAGCAAUGGCCUCUGGUAUCAGAUGAAUGACUCCAUCGUGUCCACCAGUGAUAUUAGAUCAGUACUCAGCCAACAAGCUUAUGUUCUCUUUUAUAUCAGGUCCCAUGAUGUGAAAAAUGGAGGUGAACUUACCCAUUCUCCCCACAGCCCUGGCCAGUCCUCUCCCCGCCCUGUGAUCAAUCAGCGGGUUGUUACCAACAAGCAGGCCGCACCAGGGUUUAUUGGACCACAGCUUCCCUCUCAUAUGAUAAAGAAUGCACCUCACUUAAAUGGGACUGGGCCAUUGAAGGACACACCAAGCAGUUCCAUGUCAAGUCCUAAUGGAAACCCCAGUGUUAACAGGACUAGUCCUGUUAAUGCUUCCACUUCUGUUCAAAACUGGUCAGUUAACAGGCCCUCAGUUAUUCCUGAACACCCCAAGAAACAAAAAAUCACCAUCAGUAUUCACAACAAGUUGCCUGUUCGCCAAGGUCAGUCUCAGCCUAUCCUUCAUAGCAAUUCUCUGGAGGCCCCUACCAAGCCUGUUCCCUCCUCUACCAUCACCAAUUCUUCUGCAAUACAGUCUACCUCGAAUGCAUCUACGAUGUCAGUUUCUAGUAAAGUAGCAAAAUCGGUUUCCCCGAGCAAGUCCUGCUCCCAGCCAGUGGUGAAUGGCAAGUCCAAGCUGAGUUCCAGCGUGCUGGUCCCCUACGGAGCCGAGUCCGACGAGGAGUCCGACGAGGAGUCCAAGGGCCUUGCCAAGGAGAACGGCGUGGUCCCCACACUGAGCCCGUUCCCUGCUGCUCAAGAAGCCGAGGACGGUGAGACUUCUCAGCCGGAGUUGCUGGAGCCUGUCUCCCAAAAUGGUGCUAACAGUGCAGAUGGCAACCUGAAGGAGAAUGGCCUGUCCUUUGACAGUGCCAGCUGCCAUGUGCAGCCCGCUCUUCUCUCAGAAAACCCCUUUUCCAAAGCAAAUGGUCUUCCUGGAAAGUUGAUGCCCACUCUUUUGCCGUCUCUCCCAGAGGACAAAAUUCUGGACACUUUCAAACUUAGCCACAAAGUAAAAGGCUCUGCAGGUGAAACAAGCCCCCCAGGAGCAGGGAGUAGCCCCGUGGAGGACCCUGCCGAGCCGGAGCCGGCCUGCAUCAGCGCGGUGGCUGCAGCCCCCAAGACGCCAGAUGCCCCCGCUAGCCCGAGCUGGUCCGCGGCACCGCCGCCCGUGGACCCCGGUGUCACCUCCACCAAAGAAGGCUGCCCCGAGGCGGACCCGGCCGAGCCCCGCAAGGACGGGGACCGAGAUCCGGACGGUGGCCGGGACGAGGACAGGGAAUGGGGCGAGGAUGAGGCCCUUCCUGGUAUGCACGCGCCUUGCGGCCCCCCGGGAGCCCCGCGCACGCCGCCUCCGGAGGCGGACCGGAGAGCCGAGAGCCCCGCCGCCAAAUCCGGGGAGAAGCCGAGCCCCUCGGAAGAUGGGGCGGAGCCCGUGCACUGGGUUCACCUCCGCAGGGAUAGGGGCGAGGCCGCCGAGGAGCCCCCGGCACCAGACAGGACCGCGGCUGCCCCUGCGGAAGGGGCCACGGGGCGCGGGCCCCCAGGGGACGAGGGCAGCGCGGUGUCCCUGGCCCCAGCCAGGGACAAGCCGGGUGGCCCGAGCGGCCUCCGAAGGGUGGAACGGGGCCACUGCCGGGACCGCAGCCGCCGGGACCACGACGACCGCGACCCGGGCCGAGACCGCGGCCGCUCCUCCAGCGGAGAUCGUGGGGACCAUGCGCGAGAGAGCCGGGGCAGCUCCGCGGCCCACGGGCCCCACCGCCAUGGGCGGCGGCGCUCCUACGGCCGGGAACACUGCGCCGGGAGCCCGCGCCCGCCCGGCCACGGCCACGCCGGCCCCGAGCCCCGCGGCCCGAGCAGGUACGGCCACCACCGCCCGCGGAGCCGGAGCCGCAGCGGGCCAGAACAGGACUGGGGGCGGCACCGCCGCGCGGAGAGCGAGCUGGCCCGGGGCCGCGAGGACUUCCACCCCGGGAGGCUGCGUUGGGACCGCGGCUACCGCCCCAGGUUCGCGCCCUACGCCGCCCGCGAGCGCUGGGCCCCGGCCCGGCCCCGGGACUGCUACUGGGCCCGCGCCCGCGGCCUCCACUCUCCGCCCGCGCUCCCCGAGCGCCCCCGGGACGCCACGCCUCCGCCCGGGCCCGACGGCUGCGGCCUCCCGGAGCGCCUCCACGGACACGAGAACGCCAAGGCCCGGAAGCGGAGGUACGAGGGCACCGACGCCAACCACAGCCACCCGGACAAGAAAGCCCGGAGAAGCUUCGAGAAGGACUCGUCGUCGGGAGAGCCGAGGACGGCCAAGAAGCACAAAAAGUCAAAGAAGAAGAAGAAAUCCAAAGACAAACACCGAGAGCGGGACUGCAGGCCCCAGCAGGAUUUGGAGCUUUCCGUGUCAUACUCUGACGCUGGCCUCCACAGACACAGAAAGAAGAAGAAGAAAAAGAAGAGGCACUCGAGGAGACCAGAGGACUUUGGGAAAGAUGCAGAACCACACCUAGCAAAGGCCGUGAGCUAUGACACCAUGGGCCAUUUCCGGAGAACUGAGGGGGGAGUUUUGCUCACUGAGGGCCCCUUCCGGGAGAAGACAAAGCAUCUGAGGAUGGAGGGCAGGGCUGACAGGUGCCAUCUGUCCGAGUAUGGCCAGGGUGAUUGAAAACUUGGCCUCAGACAAAAACGUCACUAGUUACGAUUCAACAUGUUCAACAGAAGCCAUCCCCAACCCAGCUUAAAUUAUCAACCUAGAGAAUAACUCGGUUCAAACUGUGUGGUGCUUCUUUUAGUAAAUACUGUACAGAUUUUACCAUGGAAAUUUUUUUUUUUUUUUAGUUUUUACCUUUUCUUAAUUGCCCUUAUUCCAAAUGGAUGAACACUUUCUACAACUGCUGACCAUUGUAAAAUACUGUGUAUAUAAAUCACAUUGAAAUAAUGCCCUGGAAUAGAACAUCUCAAAUGCUGCUUAAUUACAGACUCAGGUUGAUUACUUGUAUUUCAUGUAAUGUUCCUCCACAUUAGACAUCUGGUGCAGACCAACUGGGAAACAAACCAUGGAAUUAUUAAAAGUACAAACUGACAGUGUGCAUAUUUAAUUUAAAGAUUUAUUUAAAAGAUUUGCAAGCUCUCAACUAGACUUUUGAGGGCAGUCUGUUUUCUGUAAUGUCUGAUACUAGAAACUAAUUUGCUUCAUAUUUUAGUUGUAUUCAAGAUUUGAACGUGUAUUUUAUAGACAAGUUCUGUUUUUGAACUUUGUGGAAAUAUUCCAAUCAAAUACCAGUUAUUAAUGAGUAUUUACAUUAUGAAUGUAUAAUCCAAACAUUAUUUGUAAAGCCUGCAGUAUGUUUUUAUUACAUAACACUUUUUUAUACAGUGUCUAGCGUCCUGAUUAUAUGAUAUUGAAGUCUGAGUUGUCAGCUUGGUCCCUUCAAGUUUCUAGUUACAGACAAAAAUUAUACUGUGAUUUUAUUUUUAAUAUGGAUAUGCUAUCAAACUGUGAUACACUUAUAAUUCACUGGUCCUGCAUCAGGAGAUGGAGUGGGGAAAACUGUAUUUAAUACAGUUUGUGUUGUUCAGAGAUGUCUAAAGUUUGAUCUUUGUUUUUUUAAAGAUUAAAAAAGCACUAGCCCCACUGUAAAUAUACAGCAUGUAAAAUUUAUAUAGUAUAUAAAUGGCAGCAAAGUAAA